AUGGAUGCCCAGGAGGUCAAAUCAGACCUAGUUUUGAUCCUAGACUACGGUUCACAGUACACCCACCUCAUAACAAGAAGAAUCCGAAGCCUUUCGGUCUAUUCACUCUGCCUCAACGGAACCGUGCCGCUGGAAUCCAUCGUCAAGCAAAACCCGAAGGUGAUAAUCCUCUCCGGGGGACCCCACAGCGUCCACACGCCGAACGCCCCUUGUUUCCCACCUGGUUUCAUCGAGUACGUUGAGUCAAACGGGAUUCAUGUCCUGGGCAUUUGCUACGGGCUGCAGUUAAUUGUGCAGAGGCUCGGUGGGAAAGUGAGUGUUGGGGAGAAGCAGGAGUAUGGGAGGAUGGAAAUCGAGGUGGAGAAGGAUUGUGGGUUGUUUGGGAACAAAAAGGUUGGGGAUAAACAGGUUGUUUGGAUGAGUCAUGGGGACGAGGCUGUGAAUUUGCCUCAGGGUUUUGAGGUGGUGGCUAGGAGUCAGCAAGGUGCUGUUGCUGCUGUGGAGAAUCGAAAGAGGCGAUUCUAUGGACUGCAAUAUCAUCCUGAGGUCACACAUACACCAGAAGGAAUGGACACAUUGCGACACUUCCUCUUUGAUGUUUGUGGGGUGAGUGCUGAGUGGAAGAUGGAAGAUGUUCUUGAGCAAGAAAUUAAAGUCAUUCAAGAGAAAGUGGGACUUGAAGAACAUGUGAUUUGUGCGCUUUCUGGUGGUGUAGAUUCCACUGUUGCUGCUACCCUUGUUCAUAAAGCAAUUGGAGACAGACUCCACUGCAUUUUCGUUGACAACGGCUUAUUAAGGUAUAAGGAGAGAGAGCGAGUGAUGGAAACUUUUGAGAGAGAUCUUCAUUUACCUGUCACUUGUGUGGAUGCAACUGAGCAGUUUCUUAGCCAGCUCAAAGGGGUUGUAGAUCCUGAAGUGAAGAGGAAAAUUAUUGGAAAGGAGUUUAUCAACAUUUUCGAUGCAUUUGCUCAUGAUUUGGAGCAAAAAUUAGGAACAAGGCCCGCGUACCUGGUGCAAGGAACAUUGUACCCUGAUGUGAUUGAAUCUUGUCCACCACCAGGAACUGAAAGUACCCACUCCCACACAAUCAAGAGCCAUCACAAUGUUGGUGGACUUCCAAAGAACAUGAAACUGAAGCUUAUAGAACCACUUAAACUUCUAUUCAAAGAUGAGGUUCGUGCGCUGGGAAGAAUUUUAAAUGUUCCAGAGGCCUUUCUAAAACGCCAUCCGUUUCCUGGGCCUGGUCUUGCAGUGAGGGUUCUUGGUGAUGUCACUGAAGGAAAUGCCUUAGAUGUUCUUCGCGAGGUUGAUGAGAUCUUUAUCCAGUCUAUUAAAGAUGCUGGGAUUUAUGAUUCUAUCUGGCAAGCUUUUGCUGUUUUCUUGCCAAUAAAAUCAGUUGGGGUUCAAGGAGAUCGAAGAACCCAUUCUCAUGUCGUGGCAUUGAGAGCUGUUACAAGUCAAGAUGGAAUGACUGCAGACUGGUACAACUUUGAGCACAAGUUCCUCGAUGAUGUUUCCAGGAAGAUCUGCAACAGUGUACGUGGUGUAAACCGAGUUGUUCAAGAUAUUACUUCGAAGCCACCAUCUACAAUUGAAUGGGAAUAG